CAGUGAGGAAACCUGUAAAAUAGAAUAUCAUGACUUGGAUGAUGCCCUUUUGUAUGGCAUUAAACAAGUUCAGGAUUAAUCCAAUAGGCACGACCCAUAUGAUUCUUUAGACUUAAAUAAAUGUCCAGUAAAUACCGAAAUAGAACAACAUGGAAAUGAAGAAAACCAUCCAUUCGAAGAAAACCAAGAAACUGAAAAAGAAAUCAGCGAGGAAACUUGUAAAAUAGAAAUAGAAUAUCAUGACUUGGAUGAUGCUCUUUUGGAUGGCUUUAAACGUGAAGUUCAGGAUGAAUCCAAUAGCCAUGACCUAUAUGAUUCCUUAGGCUUAAAUAAAUGUCCCGUAAAUACUGAAAUAGAACAACAUGGAAAUGAACUUAAUCCAUUUGAAGAAAACCAAGAAAUUGAAAAAGGUUGUCUCCAAGAGAACAAGAUGGUAAUUAUGGAGACACUAACUGAACAUUCAUCUCGCGAAGAAAAUUAUAUGAAUCCAUCAAAAACAUCAAAUCAAAAUACCAAAGUUGUGACUGGGAAAAAACCUUACAAGUGUGAAAUUUGUUUUAAGCAGUUUUCUACAUUAGGUUAUUUAAAAGUACAUUUGAGAGUGCACAAUGGAGAAACACCUUAUCAGUGUGAGAUUUGUUUAAAACAGUUUGCUCAAAAAGUUAAUUUAACUUCUCACAUGAAAGUUCACACCAAAGAAAAACCUCACAAGUGUGAAAUUUGUUUUAGGCAGUUCAGCCAAAAAAGUGUUUUGAAGAGACAUUUGAGAGUUCACACUGGAGAAAAACCUCACAAGUGUGAUAUUUGCCUUAAGCAAUUUAGGCUAGGUGAUCAUUUAAAAAAACAUUUAAGAGUACACACUGGAGAAAAGCCUCACAAGUGUGAAAUUUGUUUUAAACAAUUUAGUGAAGCAGGUACUUUAAAAGUACAUUUGAGAGUGCACACUGGAGAAAAACCUCACAAGUGUGAUAUUUGCCUUAAGCAAUUUAGGCUAGGUGAUCAUUUAAAAAAACAUUUAAGAGUACACACUGGAGAAAAGCCUCACAAGUGUGAAAUUUGUUUUAAGCAGUUUUCUCAUAAAAGUAAUUUAAAAAUACAUUUGAUAAAUCACACUGGAGAAAAACCUCACAAGUGUGAAAUUUGUUUUAGGCAGUUCAGCCAAAAAAGUGUUUUGAAGACACAUUUGAGAGUUCACACUGGAGAAAAACCUCACAAGUGUGAGAUUUGCCUUAAGCAAUUCAGUCGAGGUGAUCAUUUAAAAGAACAUUUAAGAGUACACACUGGAAAAAAGCCUCACAAGUGUGAAAUUUGUUUUAAGCAAUUUAGUAAAGCAGGUAGUUUGAAAGUACAUUUGAGAGUACAUACUGGAGAAAAAACUCACAAUUGUGAAAUUUGUUUUAAGCAAUUUAUUACAGCAAGCAAUUUAAAACUACAUUUGAGAGUGCACACUGGAGAAACACCUUUUCAGUGUGAGAUUUGUUUGAAACAGUUUGCCCAAAAAGGUAAUUUAACUUCUCACAUGAAAGUUCACACCAAAGAAAAACCUCACAAGUGUGAAAUUUGUUUUAAACAAUUUAGUGAAGCAGGUACUUUAAAAGUACAUUUGAGAGUGCACACUGGAGAAAAACCCCACAAGUGUGAUAUUUGCCUUAAGCAAUUUAGUACAGGUGAUCAGUUAAAAAAACAUUUAAGAGUACACACUGGAGAAAAGCCUCACAAGUGUGAAAUUUGUUUUAAGCAGUUUUCUCAUAAAAGUAAUUUGAAAAUACAUUUGAGAGUGCACACUGGAGAAAAACCGCACCAGUGUGAUAUUUGCCUUAAGCAAUUUAGUCAAGGUGAACAUUUAAAAAAACAUUUAAGAGUACACACUGGAGAAAAACCUCACAAGUAGUUCAGAGAAAUAAGGAAAAAAACAUCCUGUUGGUGACACAUCCCCCUCCAGGCCGAAACCAAAUUGUUUGAGUAGUAUGGACAUCUAUAUUAAUAACCUAUAUGU